GUUUACCGGAUCAUCAGAGAGCUCGUGCAGGUUUCUGUUUCUGCUGCCGCCGCACACAGACCGGGACCAUGAUGUCUGAUUCUCACCUGUUGUCUGAUCGGUGAAAGGGUCUGCGGAUGGAUACAGGUGCUGCUGAUUACUUGAGGAGACGCACGAGGAGCUCACGAGCCCACCGGAAAACGCCGCUGAGAGCGCGAGCGGAGCCGUUCAAUGUGCUGCGGAGCCUGAGCGCGGGGAACACGGAGGAGCAGAGCCCCGGAAGGAGGCUGAUGGCUCCCCGCUACAGCCUGCUCAGGGAGGUGGGCCGGGGGUCGUACGGCGUGGUGUACGAGGCCGUGGCCAGGAGGACCGGGGCCCGCGUGGCCGUGAAGAAGCUCCGCUGCGACGCCCCGGAGACCGUGGAGCUGGCUCUACAGGAGUUCUGGGCGCUGACCAGUCUGGAGAAACGGCACGAAAACGUGGUCCAUCUGGAGGAGUGCGUCCUGCAGAGGAGCCGGGUGGCCCAGAGGAUGAGCCACGGGAACAAACGGUCCAAACAGUACCUGAAGCUCGUGGAGACGUCACUCAAAGGUGAGCGUGUUCUCGCCCCGCCUGAGGAGCCAUGUUACCUGUGGUUCGUCAUGGAGUUCUGUGAAGGCGGAGACCUCAAUCAGUUCGUCUUAUCACGGCAACCCGACCAGCAAACCAACAACAGCUUCAUGCUACAGAUGACCAGCGCUGUUGCGUUCUUGCACGACAACAACAUCGUCCACCGUGACCUGAAACCAGAUAACAUCCUGAUCUCGGAGAAGUCUGGCACGCCGAUCCUUAAAGUGGCUGACUUUGGCCUGAGCAAAGUGUGUGCUGGGUUUGGAAAUGCUGGCGAGGGCAGAGAAGGUGAGGACAAGAACAAAAACAUCAACAAGUACUGGCUGUCGUCAGCGUGUGGCUCAGACUUUUACAUGGCUCCUGAGGUGUGGGAGGGCCACUACACCGCCAAGGCGGACAUUUUUGCUCUGGGCAUCAUCAUGUGGGCCAUGCUGGAGAGAAUCACCUUCAUCGAUGCUGAAUCAAAGCGGGAGCUGCUCGGCACGUACGUCAGACAAGGGACAGACAUCGUACCGGUGGGGGAGGCACUCCUGGAGAACCCAAAGAUGGUUCUGAACAUCCCCCAGAAACGCCGCUCCUGCAUGUCAGACGGUGUGAGGAAGCUGCUUCAGGACAUGCUCGCCGUCAACCCUCAGGACCGGCCUGAUGCAUUUCAGCUGCAGGCCAGGAUGGACCAAGUGGUCAUGUGUGCAGCGUGACUUGACUAUGGCGUCUGUUGUUCAGGCUGCUGCUUUCACAUCGAGCUGCUUUGUCCUUUUUUAAUGUGACAAAUGAAGAUUAUCAAAAGGACUCUGGCUCUUCUUCACAUGCUGGUUUUUCUUAAUGGGUGGGUGAAUCUCUACCAGGAUAUUCUGGUCACAAAGAAACAUGAUAAGUGGGAGGUUUCCUAUCAUGUGAGACAGUGUGUCUGGAAUGCCACAUUUUACCUCUUCUGUGUUUAAAAGUCUCUGUUUAAUCGUCAGGAUCAAAUUCUUCACAACGCCAUCUCCACGUCUUCUUUAUAUCCUGAUCCGGCCAGUUAAAUAUUUAUAUAAAUGCAGUACACUUCCAAAGUAUUUAUGACCUCAAUUCAGAGCAAAUAAGUGUUUUUAUUGUGAUGAACACAUCUAAACCUAGUCUGUUUUUCCAGAAGCUGCUUCAGACAUUUGAAUAAAAUACACCUUUAUUUGGAUCCAAUAUCUUUAUAAUAUGGGAGCCCAAAGAGGACAUGCAUCACUUUAUUUCACUCCAUUUUGUCAGUGAUAACAUGUAAAUUAUGGGUGUUUUUGUCCCAAUCUGCUCAAAUUAAUCACAUUAUCAAGGAAAACAGCGCUUGUUUUCCUGUGAUAGGAAAUCAGUUUCAUGUGAUCUUGUCAAAAUACCAGAACAGAUCAUGUUUCGAAGAGAAAGGGAGCACUUAUAACAGGAUAAAUAAGUAAAGAUCUCAAGAAAAUAUCCAACAUUUACAUAUCAUUGAGGGAAAAAAGAGCAGAAUGAAAAAUAUGGCUGUGCCUAAUAUGAGAAGAAUUAGUGACAUGUCUCAACAUUCAGUAUAUACAAUCUAAAUCUCCUAUGCAGAAAUUGACUUUACUCCUCUAAAUUGGCACUUACUAGUAAGUUAUUAAUGAGCCUCCCUGGCUGAUUGACCAGUAUACCCAGUCUCCAUCCUACUGGUAAAGAUACACACAUGCUGUCUAAGGACACUCCUUUAAAACUCAUUUAAAGCAUGACAUAUGAGGUUAAAAGAGGACCUCUGGACUCUUGUGGACUGGCUUUUGUUGGAGCGAGGGAAGCUAUCUUCGGCAGCUAUCUGGCAAAAAUGGAGGUAAAAACGCCCCCAACAUCCCCAGCUUCACCAACAUUUCAUUCACUGCUUUUGAUGAUGUCAUCAUCCUUUAAAGCUUAUAGAUUGUUCCAUCUUUGCCUUUGAUGAUGUCAUCUUUUAAGGAUUAUGUCAUCCUUUGAAGCUCAGCUACUAGGAGCCGUCCAUUUAUUUGAUUAGCUGAUUACCCCGACAACACUUUGUUAUUGGCUGGAUGUCACAUGACUAAUAGCCAAUCAGAACUGAAGCCUGAGUGCCACUGACGGGCAUCUGUUCUGGAUACGGACUAUCAGUCUUGCAAACUUAUACUGAAUCGUAUCGGUACAAUCAAAGUUUCUUUAAAUUGUGGGACAAAUUCUGACUUUUGAGGGUAUUUUUAUUGUGAAUCCUCACGUUUUAAUGAUAAAAUCCUGAUUAAUGAUGCAUGUUUUCUAUGGGCCUCCACAGCACACCACCCAAACACAAACCACAAAGUCAUUUAACUAGCAGGAAGUUGUGAUACACGCUCCCCACGCCCCUGAAAUGACCUCUUUUCUUUCCUUUACUGAACCAAGGGUUGAAAACACAAAACCCUCCUCAUUUACAUCAGCAGGUUUUUGAUUUUAAACUUGAAAAUUUCCAAAUCCCCGAUGAAAAGAUACUUGGUGAUUUGUUUUGUUGCCGUCCUCUAAUUUUUCAGCCUUUAUCCUGUACUUACCCGUGAUCUGCUGCGUUUUAAGUCGUUUUCAUGUUUUAAUGUCAGCGCGUUAGCAGGUUAAAAUGACUGAAGAUGCAAAAUUAUUUUAGUUCAUCCACACAUUAAAUGUGCGAUUUUGUUGCCAUAAAUGCAGAAAGAAAUUUGAGUCCAGUUGAGAUUGGAUCAUUAUUUAGUUAAGGUCCUGUUUUUUCCUUUUUAUAAAUUCUUUAAUAGUUAAAAUUUCUUUUCAGUGUUAUAGAUCAGUCAGUGUACUGUGACUUUAUUUGCUCUGUGAUAAUCUUCAUUUAUUGGUUUCCUAUUUUUUAGAAACACUUUUUGGUGCCUUCGAACAGCUGCUGGGGGAAAACCUGUUUGUUUUGGUGCUGAUUUUUCAGCAUUUAAAGUCCUAACCAGUUAGUUUUUCAGUGUUAAGGUGGUAAUUUAAGGGGCCGUUUAUACCUCACACUAACACCUGGGUUCGGAUUUCAAGUGGUCAUCGUUAAUGCUUUGUGUGGCAAUGGAAGCAGUUUGAUAUCUGAUUAUUCAGACUGAUCCAGAGGUGGUCCGGGAUGUUUUCAUCAGGACUGGAUUGGUUGUGCAGACACGACAUGUACUAUCACACAUUAAAGACCUGUCAGCUGCUACGAUCUGCUGUAUUCUGCUAGCAAACUAAAAGCUUGUCUCUUUAGUUAUGUACGUCCAGCCUCAGUCAGCAAUGGGAUCUGUGGCUCUUUUUAGAGAUUUGCAUUAUAUGUCUGCCAUUGGGCUUCAAAACUGCUCUUCAUUUGGUGACAGCUUGACUUUUUAUGUCUUUAAAACUGCAAAUGGGGGAAAAAAAAGGAAAGGGUCUCCCAAGCAGGAGCCAGCUCUUAGAACUGGCUCCCAUCAGUACGUCCUUUAAAAGGAAGUUUAUGACAACAUGAGGGAGAAAAGCUGUUAAAGAGUCAUAGCUAGUCACAUAGCCUGUGGCUUGGUAUCCUUGCAUGCUGUGUUCAGGGACACUGCUAGUGAAAAGAGUGACACAUCAGCCAAUCAGUUAACCAAGCAACAAACCUUGCAAGCAACCAGACAAUCAACCAACCAACUGACCAACCAGCCAGCAAAUGAAUCAAUUAAUGAACCUAGCAACACGCAAACCGACCAACAAACCAGACAACAAUCCAAUUAACAGACCAGUCAACCAACAACCAGUCAACCAACCAACCAACCAACCGUCAAACUAGACAACAAACCAGUUAACAGACCAGUCAACCAACCAACUGCACAACAAACCCAAUUAACAGACCAGUCAACCAACCAUCCAAUAAAUAUCCAAACAAAACCAGACAAUAAACCAGUCAACAGACCAGCUGACCAACAAACAAAUCGACCUACCAUCCAACCAGACGACAAAGCAAUCAACCAAUCAGACCAGUUAACACACUACCAACCAACAACCAAACAACAAACUAAUCAACAAACCAAUUAACAGACCAGUUUAUCAAACAACGAAUUAAUGAAUUAGCCGAUAGGAGCGACUAUUCAGUUCAGGACGAGCAGUAACCAGGAUAAGUUGUUCAUGAAAAGGUGGUUCUAAGGUUUGAUGGUCUUUUUCCAUUUUUGUUGUUUUAGAUUUAAAAAGCCAAACUGGUACAGAGCUGGGCUGUCAUAAAUAAACCACUACUUGCUGCUGUGGGUCCAUAGAAAUGAUGUUUGGGCCAUUAGAUUAGUAAGAGGCUUGCUAGAGUUUGAUCUUAGGUCAUCACUAAGAUGUAUUUUUAAUACUGAGUGCAAAAGGGCACCUAAAAGUGAAGUCUACCUGGUAUCUGAGUUCAAAUCAAGGUUAAUGUGAGGUGUAAACGGGACCAUAGAGAAGUGGAGUUAGUCUGGCGUAAUUGUACUUUUAUUUGUAGUUUGAUUUUGGACCAUUUAGUCAAUCCUAAAGGGAACUGCAGACGUACCAAGCGUGUUAUGGUGACGUUUAGAUGGUAAAGUUGGAUUUCUGACUCGAUAAAUCGACUGUUCUUUUCUGUAUGUGUUGCUGUGUUGGUCUAGGGUUCAUGUGAGCAGAAAUAACUGUGAUAGAGGAUUAGAGGGGCUGAAUGUCGACCUUUCUGUCCAGAAACCAAAGCUCAGAUCUGUUUGGUUUUUUUUAAUCGUACUACCUCAUGUUUUUGUUUCUGCACAUUUUUUAUUUGUACUGAGCCGUCGAUAUUCUCCAAGGAUUUACGGUGUGCAGGGUUUAUGCUGGAUGACUUUAUGAUGCAUUGUGGGAAAUAUUGGUUUACAUGGUUAUGUUAAUGUCAGACCUUUAUGUACCUCAUUUGUUUGCAUGUUUGAAGUGCAGAUAAGCUAAUGUUACAGAGAUUAUUCUCACACAGUGCUCCUUUAUCCUGAUAUUUUGAUGUUUUUUUUCUGAGGAUGUUAAAAUGUAAGAUACUUGUUGAUACCGCGUUUUUAAACAAUACAAUCUCUUAUUUUAAUGAUCAGUACUAUCAGAACACUCAACUAAAACUGCACAGAUUUGUUAAGAAACAUGGGAAGGAGCAAAAUCAAUCAAGAAUUGCAAGGAAACUCCAUCAAACUGUCUGAGCUGAACAAAAACAUUGGCAAUCUUUGGAAAAGACUAUCUCCACUGGUCAUGAAUGUAACUGUCCAAAUCUUAUCAAUGUCUGACGGUGCGUCCUGACAGCAUGUAGUGUUUACUUUCGGACCGUCCUAACAGCCUGCGAGCAAAGCACAGGAAGUGAUGUGCCACUUUUAUCUUGAUCCCCCCAUUUCCAUUUCCUUUUUGCCACUUGUGCAAAAACAGACUAGGAAAGAGGGGGAUCAACGAAGCACUUGGAGAGUAACUAGAGAUACUCUAUAUCCAUCUGGGCAACUACCAAUAGGAGAGAACCCUUCAGAUUAAACUCAGAGGGUCACGUUCAUUACGGGCCAAUCAUGGUAGCAGAAUAGGACAAAACAUGGGCUUGACAAUCAAGCCAGGAUUGUUCUCCAUCAGUGGAACCACUUGGUAAAGCACACUCUGUCUGAAGCUGGUCAGGAGAAGAGCAAAAACAUCUUUUGCACCAAGAAAAGCUUCCUGGGGGGUUCUUUGAUUCUCUUUUAAUAUAGAAAUAUCCAUAGGGAUACACCAUAAUAUUGGCAUCUCUGCUGAUCUUUACUACCAAUAUUUUGGCCUCAGUUGGCUGUAAACAUCGGCCAGAUGUACAGAUAAAUUUGUGGAGUUUUAGGAAACCAGAUCUAUAUGAAGCCAUUUUAUUUGUGAUUCGAGGACUGAAGUUUGAGCUUAAAUUUUAAAAUCCUUUAAAACAACUCUGCAAAUUAGGGAUGCACGAUAUUAUCGGUCUGGUAUCGUAUUGGCAGAUAUUAGCUGAAAAAGGCAAAUAUCGGUAUCGGCAGAUAUCAAAAUAUCUGCCGAUACACCCGAUAUCUUGCCUGUGUAUUUCAGCAUAUAUCUACUUAAAGUUUUGUCCAUAUAUACUAAUAAAUUAGUGAAGUUUUAGGCUGAACCAACAGACCUGUGUCAGUUGAGGUCUUUUUCUUUAUUUAUCCUUAUCUCUAAAAUUUAAAGUGUUUUGUAAGGAGUGAAUUUUGUUUCCUUGGUGAUGCUUAAACCUCAAAGUGUCCAAAAGGACUGAAUUUUUUUCCCGAAAAAGCAUAUGUCAGUAUCGGUAUUGAUUUCGGUAUCAGCUAAAAUGAAUCCGUAAAUAUUGGAUAAUGGCAAAAAUCUAUUAUCAUGCAUCCCUACUGCAAAUGUUGGAAUUUGUUUAUGAAACAUGAGGGAGAAAAGCUGUUGAAAAGGUGUAUCAACAAAAAUCUAAUGUUGUGCACACCUGGUGACCCAGAUCAUUUCAAACUGCUGCAUCUAUGCUAAUCUGGAAUAAAAGUAAAUGCUCUGGUCACUACCCCGACGGGGGAAAAGCUGAUAAAAAAGGCACUGCCAGUUGCGUGUGCAGAAUGUCUUUUGUUGGCAACUUUUGGUUCUCUGCCAGUUUUACUCACUUCCAAAAGUUGCCAUGAUGGCCUACAAAAUGGCAAAAGAAUAGAAGGAAAGCUUGUUAAGUCCUGUCUCUUUGAUUUGUCACGUUUUGUACAGAAAGUGGUCCAAACAGGACUAUUUUCAUUCAAAAAAUCCAAUAGGUCAAGAAAUAUUAGAAACUUGGUCACAGUUUCUCAUGUAGGGGAUGAUGAUGGCUCAACCAGUUGAGAACCACCGCUUUAAAAGCAUGCUAAUAACAAGAGGAAGAAAAGCGGUUAAAAAGGCAUAUCUGAUAUAGACAAAAAUCCAGUAUUGUGCAUCCCUAGUGGUUUAGUUCACUUCACACUACUGCUAAAAAUGCAUGAAACAUUGUCAGUGUUUGGAGAGGUGAAGAACAAACAUUACUUAUGUGUUUGUGCACAUAAGGCGGUUUAGGAGGGAUUCUUGGGGUUUUUGAUACUAGCAUAAAAACAAAUUGCAGAACUAAUUAGAGCAACCAAUUCAGGUGCCUGAGCAUGCCGAUCUGUCCUGGUAAAUGUCAAAGCUUCAAUGCAAAAACCAUGUAUUUUAACUGUAACCACGCCUGUAGCUCCCGCCUCUUUCUCCUCAAAUAAUGCUGAUUGGUCCGAUCAGUCCCUGACCAGGAACAAGCCAAUCAGAUUGAAGCUUUGACAGAUGGCUCCUCCUGAUGACAGGCAUGAAUCUGGACAAACUAUUGGUUCUUAAGGUAACUGUGAACAUCUGACAGGAAGACUUUCUUGAUUUUUUUAGCACUUUUUUCUCUCAGAGAUCCUGUUAGUUUAACAAAGCAAAGAUAGCGGUUUGUAAAUAUUCAUGUCUGAUGCUCUGUGUCAACAUGGAGAUCAUCUCACUGCUGUCAAAGGCUUUUCAAUGCAAAGCACCACAUUUCUGUUUCUGCACCUUCAAAAUAAAAGCACUAGAUGAGGAAGAGGAAUCAUUAACUGAGCAAAGAUUAAAUAUUUAUUGGCUGCUGUGAGGCCAGAGAGCCUCUGUGUGUUUGAUGCUCGUGUGCUGUUGGGACGCAGCGUUGACUCUAGUCACUUCUUAUUCUACCAAACUAUCAAUACCGGUAUCAACAAGGACUUAUCAUAAAGGGGGAUCAAUAAGGGUGUCGUUACCUUUAGUUAUGAAUGUUGCCAUCUCUCUCUGUUAAAGACUGUGCAGGAGUUUGACUGUGAUUCUUGAUUUUAAAAUCACUAAGUUGUCCGAUAUGUGGCAUCUAGGACUUCUUUAGAUCCCAUGGUAUCGAAUCAAGUGUCAGAACUCAUCGUUUUUACUUGAAUCAAACUGAAACUCCAUGAUAACCCUGUUCAGAAUGUUUACAGUCUGUCUGCAAGAUGCUGUUGGUGUUUUCAUGCAGGAUAAACCCGCUCCAUGUCCAUCAGCUCAGGACUCGGUGGAGAAGUUUCCGGGCUGGUUUCGUUCCUCAUGCUGCUGCUGGAUGGAUUUAAAUUCAGAUGACUUGACAUUUUAUUUCUACGAUUACAGUCCUCCUAUGUCUUCACUGAAGCCAUGUUUCUUUUUUAAGGCAGACUUUGUAAAUAUCAGGGCUGAAUUUCAAUAAAGGCUGAAAUACCUCAAA